AUGAGGACUCCUGGUGAAGUCCAGCUACCUCCUGAAAAGAUAGUUGAUGUCUGCAUCAAUGGGCGAACUGUACAUGUCAAUGUUAUGCAGCCAAUGCAAGUACGAUUUGUUGAAGACAGCUCGCUUCCAUCAUCGAAACGUUCUGAUGCAGUAUUUGCAAGAUAUCGUGGAACUCGUAAUGCUGUGACUUUACCAAAACGAGGAGUGAGAGUAUUACAGCGCGUGGCUGGGACAACGUUUGUAUGCCCUAAGGACUACGUUAAGUUCAAGAUGAAGACAAGCGAGGAGUUGGACGCAUUAGUGGAAUACGAAGUAGAUGAAGAAGAUAUUGAGUGGUUACGACUGUUUAAUAAAGAAAUGAAGAACGAGGAGUUCCUGACUGAGGAGACCUUUGAAAAAGUUAUUGAUCGUUUGGAAAAAGAAAGCUUUUUCCAGUGCUCUAAAGGAGCAAUGGGUUUUUACAAUCAUUCUGUGGACCAAGAUGCAGAGUGCUGUAUAUGCAAUGACGGUGAAGUCAGUAAUGUUAACCAAAUCAUCUUUUGUGACAUGUGUAAUAUUCCGGUGCACCAGGACUGUUAUGGUGUUCCGUAUAUUCCUGAAGGAAUUUGGUUGUGUCGAAAGUGCCAGUUGUCACCAUCAUCACCUGUGGAGUGUGUCCUCUGUCCUAGUUCACACGGUGCUUUUAAACAAACUGUGGACGGCCGAUGGGCUCAUGUUGUUUGUGCAACUUGGUUGAACGAAGUACAUUUUGCAAAUAACGUUUUCUUGGAACCAAUUGACGGGGUUGAAGAAUCAUUAAGAAUACGACGGCGGCUCCGUUGUAUUGUUUGUAAGCAAAAGCGAGGAGCAUGCUUACAAUGCUCUAAGAAAUCGUGCACUCGAUCAUUUCACGUCACCUGUGCUCGCACGGCAGGAUUAGAAAUGCGUACAGUCACUAUAAAUAAACCUAAUUCCGAAUGCGACUUUAAAUAUUUGGCUUCUUGUCAUUAUCAUUCAUCCGCGUUCAAGAGAGAAGUUUCCUCUGGAAGUGACGUGGCGAAAAUGAAACGGAAAAUGGACGAGUUAAUGAAAAAAGCGAGAGAAAAACUGCAGGCAAGGUCUCACGAAGCACCACCUUUCUCUCUUCCGACUGUUUCGAGUCAGACGCUGUCGAAUAUCCGCUAUGAGGUUGGUAUUAGUGAGACAACCAUGCAGCAUGUGCAAAAAUAUUGGGAGCAAAAGAGAAGCGCUCGUUGCGGCGUUCCUCUUAUAAGACGUUUAAUGGUACCAACUAAAUCUUUUCAAAAUCACAAGUCUCAACGGGUAGAGGGUUCUAGCGAGAACGAUACUGUUGAGGAAACUAAUGAAAAUGCUUUUUCUGUUAUUAGGAACUGGCUGGAAAGAACUCGUUUAUUAUGUGAAUUGGUCAAAAAACGUGAAAAGUUAAAGUUGGAAUACGUAAGGUAUACUCACUGUGCCUCCAUGGUCAAUCGUUACACGAAGCCUCUUCAUAGUGUCAUGAGUGAUGUUCUAGAUAGUAUUACAAGCAAAGAUUAUAGCAAUGUUUUUGCUAAUCCUGUGACUGAUAAAGAAGUUCCUGGAUACUCCACCAUCAUUAAGAAUCCGAUGGAUUUGUCUACAAUGAGAAAGAAGCUUGCUCGUGGCGAGUAUAAAAAACUUUCCAAUAUAAAAGAUGAUUUUGUUUUAAUGAUGCAUAAUUGCUCAACUUUCAAUCGACACAAUCAGUGGUUUUGGAAGUAUGGACAUCGACUUAACAGGAUAGGUCUUAAAUAUUUUAAAGCUGCAGAACGUAACUUGGUACAUUUUUUUGUUUUUAAUGGAAGACUUUUGAUUAUUAAGCUCCUUAAAACACCGGAAACUUUAACUGCCAUCAGCAAUAUUGCCUUGACUCGCAAUGAAAGAUCAUGUGUUUGCGAUGAUCAACCAACCACUUCUGCAAAAUCUCCGAAGUCGGAUACAGAUACACCUGUUGAAAAUGACCGCAGAUUUGAAGUGAGUGUCAAUGGUCGUCGUGGUUGGAAAAGGACCCCUAUGGGGUUGUCAAACUCGCUGCCUUUGAAACGAGUGAAAAAUUCUGGCUCGGAUUUUUCAGUGGAGAUCGGUUACGACUUCCAACAUAAUGAUAUCGUUUGGGUAGAAUGUGAGGGUAAACGUCAGAUUGGUCGCGUUGUCGACUUACGUAUGAAAGUAAGUAAUAUUUACGUUUUAAUGGAUAACGAUCCGGUUGAUGACAUGAUUAAGGAGCGGCCUAAGGAUUAUUCUCAGCACACACUGGUGUAUUUCUUUGGGAAGCAGAAUUCAUGGUAA